AUGCCACCACUCAUGCUGAGCAAGAGGCUUAGCUCAGUACAGGGGGUUCGACUGGCUGGAGCCUCGUCCACCUGGGACAUCAAUAUCCACUACCCACCAGACUGCCCUGGAGGCAUAAUUGCAUCCUGCACCCCGCACCACAACGCAACCCCUGGAAACGACCCUGCUUCCACACCGCUAGCUCUACCAGCAUUGACACAUCCACAUAUUCACUUGGACAAAGCAUUUGUCCACAGUGCCCGUGAAUAUGCACACCUUCUCCCGUCUACCGGCUCUUUCCAGGAGGCUUUAUCUGUCACCACCGUGGCCAAGCAGCGGUUCACCCGGCCUGAUCUGCUCAAUAGAGGGGAGUGGCUGGUCGCCGAAUCGGUCUCGUGGGGAGUGACGGCUAUGCGAGCAUUCGUGGAGGUCGAUCAUACGGUCAAGCUGAUCUGCUUGGACGCAGCGAUGGAUCUCAAAAGCCAAUGGAAUGACGUCUGUGAAAUCCAAAUUGUGUGCUUCGCACAAGAUCCCAUUUUCUCUACCCAACACGGAGAGGAAAAUAGGGACUUCCUUGAAACGGCGCUCGAACAAUACCCGCAGAUCGAUGUGAUCGGAACAACCCCGUAUGUGGAAUCAACUAUCGAAGCGGCCAAAAGGAACAUCGACUGGGCGAUUGACCGUGCCCUGCAGCUUGAUAAGCAUCUUGAUUUCCAUCUCGACUACAAUCUCGACUCGAGUAAGGAAGCCCUGUUAUGGCACGUCUUGCACAGUCUGCGGCAACGAGGGUGGACGGGAUCAUCCACGGCUAAGCGCGUGAUGCUCGGUCAUUGUACUCGACUCACGCUCCUCGCUGACGAGAAGUGGAGGGAAGUCUCCCGCAUCAUCCAUGACAACGAUCUCCCCGUCAGUUUCGUGGGCUUGCCAACCAGUGACCUCUACAUGGCCUCUCCUCCGCCUGAUCCAAACGGGGCACCGGACAGACCCAGAGGCACCUUGCGGGUUCCCGAAAUGAUACGCAAGCAUGAUUUGGACGCGGUGAUUGGUGUCAAUAAUGUUGGCAAUGCCUUCACGCCCUGGGGCCCUCCGGAUCCGCUGUUCCUCGCUUGUCUAGGAGUGGGAGUUUAUCAAGCUGGAACGCAGGCUGAUGCCGAGCUCUUAUACGAGUGUGUGUCUACCCGUGCCCGCGCUGCAAUUGGGCUGUCCCCCUCUCAUUCGAAUAUUGCCGUCAAGGAAGGCGAGCGUCCGGAUUUUCUUGUAUUCCAUAAUCGAGAUGUUACUGGAUGCGGUAUUGCGGCCCGUCCGCGCAGCAGCGUCGCAGAAAUCGUAUGGGAUCCCCCCGCACAAUUAAAUCGAGACGUGCUGUUCAACGGACGACUGAAACGUUCCGGUCUUCCCACCUUGCGCAAUGACUUCAGCUAUGUCUUCUCGACCGAGUAG